AAAAAGAGUUUCGAGAAAUAAUGUUAGCAGCACUAGUUCCAUCUUCAUCUUUCCAGAUUCUUCUCCUCUCCUUCGUCCCUCUGUAGAUCAUCAAUCACAUCAAUGGCCGAUUCCGCUUUCAAGAAAAUCCAAAUCCAAAGAGACGACACUACAUUUGAUGCGUAUGUGGUCGGAAAAGAAGACGCACCAGGGAUCGUCGUGAUUCAAGAAUGGUGGGGGGUUGACUUCGAGAUCAAGAACCACGCCAUCAAAAUCUCACAGCUCGACACCGGUUUCAAAGCUCUCAUCCCCGAUUUGUAUCGGGGAAAGGUUGGUCUUGACACUGCGGAGGCGCAGCAUCUGAUGGACGGACUCGACUGGCAAGGUGCUAUCAAAGACAUUCGCGCUUCUGUUAACUGGCUUAAAGCUAAUGGAUCCAAGAAGGUUGGUGUGACUGGGAUGUGUAUGGGAGGUGCGUUGGCUAUAGCUAGCUCUGUUUUGGUUCCGGAGGUUGAUGCUGUUGUUGGAUUCUACGGUACUCCUUCCUCGGAGCUUGCGGAUGUGGGGCAAGCCAAGGCGCCUGUUCAGGCUCAUUUUGGGGAGCUUGAUAACUUUGUCGGUUUCUCUGAUGUCACGGCAGCUAAGAGUCUCGAAGAGAAGCUGAAAGCGUCUGGAGUGGCGCAUGAGGUUUAUAUUUACGAGGGGAACGGGCACGCGUUCUUGAACAGGAGUCCUGAAGGAGUGAGCAGAAGGAAGAGCAUGGGGCUUUCUGACGAAGAUGAAGCUGCGGUGGAGCUUGCUUGGUCUCGCUUCACUUCCUGGAUGAAACAUUACUUGGCUUAAUUAAGCAUUAUGCUUUCUCUCAGAUUGUGUUCUUUGUACGUCCUGUAACGUUUUUGUGAUGCCCCGAUCGAUCUCAAAUAAGGAUCUCUCUUAGGACUUGUAUCAGAGUCAAAUAAAGUGGUUUGCUUGUGGGUUUUGUGUGGACAUGUUCGAAGCUUUUCAUAUAUUUGAACUGAAAUCCAUGUGUUUGGUUGA